GGAUCACCCCUGGAAGCCAUCAACACUCUCAUCCUGUCAGAUGUGAGGAAAUCCAAAGUGAAGGUGCGGGGUGAAGCUUCACGGCAAACACCCAGCCAAUCGAAGCACCUUACUGGCCGUUCCCCUGCUCCUUCCUCGUACUCUCGUCUGCCCCCCUCAAUCUGCUCUCCUUCUGCUCUGCUCUCACGAUUCACUGCUGUCGACGAUUCACUCUUAUCACGAUACUGUCAUUGCGUCGUUGUGCGGCCCAAACGUUCCGAUUGAGCUCGCAAACGCAACACAAGCGAACUCGCCAAAGCUGAAGCUCCAGCUUCCAACUUCUCACCACGAUACCCCCGGAUUUCCCCACCUCAACAGCAUCACCAUGUUCGCCCGCCGCCUGGUUAAGAGCUCCAGCUCGCUCUCAGCACCAAGCAACGUGAUCCGCACACUCGCAAGCACAUCGGCACUAUGCCGCACUCCCGCCCUAGCAGACAUCACCCCCGAAGGGGUCAAGUCCUUCGACGCAAAGCAGAAGGAGUUCAGAGAACGGAUCGCCGAGCAGAGCAAGAAGAAGGAGCCAAGUCAGUCCGAGCUGUCCUCCAAUUCCCCCCUUCAUGUCCCUUUAGCUUGGUCCUCCACUCCCACUGCUCCACCUGCGAGCACUGCGAGAUCUCCUUCUUCUAACAGUCAGUCCGGACAAGCUCUAGGCUCACACAAAGGCUCCUCUUCUGCAGAAACAGCACAGGAAGAUGAAACCGGCAAGAAGGGCAAGCUGAGCAGCUUAAUAUAUGGCACAAAGGAGGGAAGGGAGAUGGAUCGCGAGAUUGAGCACUCGUUCAGUCAGGUUCUGGCGAGAGGGAAGUAUGUGCAUUCGAUUGUCUUCCACGAGGUGAAGCCAGAUAAGGUCGAUGAGUACGUUGAGCUGGUUGGGCGCUGGUAUCCACGCAUGGCAGGGAUGCCAGAGAACAAGGUGCACUUGGUAGGAAGCUGGAGAACCGAAGUUGGAGACUGCGAUACAUUCGUCCAUAUCUGGGAAUACCAGCGCUACCAUGGCUACCACGACUCUCUCCACUCCAUCGCCAACCACCCCGAAUUCCCUGCCUUCGAUAAGAAGCUUAAAUCCCUCAUUACCGCCAAGCGCACCUCGCUGAUGCAAGAAUUCUCCUUCUGGCCCACCACCGCACCCCGUCAACUGGGCGGCGUCUUCGAACUGCGUUCCUACACACUACACCCAGGCAAUCUAUUAGAAUGGGAGACACACUGGCGUCGCGGCCUGAGAGCUAGAAGAGAAGUCAUGGAAGGGGUCGGAGCGUGGUUCGUACAGAUCGGUGAACUGAACACGGUGCACCAUCUCUGGCAGUUUGCGGAUCUCGAGGAGCGGAAGGUGAGGAGAGAGCAGAGCUGGAGUGUGGAGGGUUGGGGAGAUACCGUGCAUAAGACGGUGCCGCUCAUCCAGACGAUGAAGAGCAGAAUUUUGAUUCCUAUGCCUUGGAGUCCGGUGGCUUGAUCAGAUCUGGCAUGCCUUCUUUACACCGUGGAAAUUGAGGUGCGAGCUUUUGCUUGAGAGUCAUUCAAGAUGUUGGAGUAAGACGAGAUGGAAUUCUGUUUAUGUAUUUUACCACUUUUGAGUGGAUAUUACAGAGAGCUCAGGUUUCUUUGCGUCCUUUCACACUGGGGAUAUUGAAGCUAUUGCUGUUUUAUGGCGUUAGAGAAACAUCAUAUCCAAGGCAUUGAACCAACUCUAGAUU